CAGUUGUAUGUUAAUAACCUAGGUACCUGACUGACCUCACCACCGGAGCACUUCCAUCUUCAAAUCCACCUUGCCUUCAAUUGCAUCUUCCACCUCUUCAGCUGUCAGUCGGACCUUGACCCUUCACCACCAGGUCUCAAUCCGAAAGCUGCUGCGCCUGAAUCGAAACGAGGGCCCAUCUUCCACUCUCAACCUGAACUUGUACAAGCUCGGUCCCGCAUUUAUUAUUGCUCUCUGGAGUCACCCUGAGCUGGAACCCUCCGUCAUCACUCCCAUUUCUCGGCGCUCAUCCCUCCACAAAACAACAUCAACCUGGUUUCGCGAUCCAGGAGCAACACCUGUGCUUGACAACGUCUCGAUUUCCGACGCCAUACUCAGUUGAUCAACCAGACCAGACGCGAUCGCACCUCACGCAAUGGCGCAAAUGCGGGGACCCGGCAGCUAUGGCAUUGGUGCCUCGAGCCCUUUCGGAGGACCCGUCAACGAAGACUCGACCGAGUCCAGCCCUCUCGACGCAAUUCGGAAGCAGACGAGCAAGAUUGAGGACGUCCUGGAUUCUUUUAGCGAGCCCAUCAAGCCAUACCUCCCCGCCAUUGGCCGCUUCUUGAUUGUCGUAACCUUCAUCGAGGAUGCGCUCAGAAUCAUGACCCAGUGGAACGACCAGCUGCUGUAUCUUCACGACUACCGCCAUAUUCCCAAUGGCGUCACGCACCUCUUCCUUCUCGUCAACGUUAUUGCUAUGGCCUCCUGCUCCACCCUCGUCAUCAUCCGCAAGUACUCUGAGUAUGCCGUCGGCGGUCUCAUCGGCGUUGUCAUCACCCAGGCGCUCGGUUACGGACUCAUCUUCGACCUCAACUUCUUCCUCCGCAAUCUCUCUGUUAUGGGCGGUCUGCUUAUGGUGCUCUCGGAUUCAUGGGUGCGCAAGACCAAGGCCUUUGCCGGUCUCCCCACGCUUGAGGAGAAGGACCGCAAGAUGUACUUCCAGCUUGCUGGCCGUGUCCUCCUCAUCUUCCUCUUCAUUGGCUUCGUCUUCAGCGGAGAGUGGACCAUCUGGCGUAUCAUUGUCUCACUCGUAGGCCUUGUUGCUUGCGUUAUGGUUGUUGUCGGCUUCAAGACCAAGUUCAGCUCUACUCUUUUGGUUGUCAUUCUGAGCAUUUUCAACCUUCUGGUGAACAACUUCUGGACUCUUCACGAGCAUCAUCCUCACAAGGACUUCGCCAAGUAUGACUUCUUCCAGAUUCUCUCCAUCGUCGGAGGUCUCUUGCUCCUCACCAACACUGGCCCGGGCCAGUUCAGCAUUGACGAGAAGAAGAAGGUUUACUAAGGGGUCCGAAAGACGAGGUGAAGGGGAGAAGGAUUUGCGUAGGGGUACAUGAGAAUCCCUUGCUGAUUCGAGCUCGGCAAUCAGAGCCAAGCAAGGGUGUUGUCUACAUGGGUUUGGAAGCGAAACGAGCAAAUGGAGACAUGAUGGGUAUGGCCCGCCACGCCGGUCAAUGCUAUGUGGAGGGUGAUUUGAAUCUCAUUUGGGAGUUGAAAAUACGUCACGGGUACCUAGGAGAAAGUCAGGAAUGGGUUAUGUGAUGUGGUAUAAUUUUGAUCAUUAGCGGCGUAUAAUCCUUUUGGCUGUCUCUAUCUGUAUGACGGUGCUCAUAGUGGAAAUCUUGAAAACAAGGCGUUUGUUGCAAUGCUCGAAAUAGUCCU